AUGUCUAAUAGUAACCAGCUGAUCAAUGAACCAAGUGAAACUGGUACACACUCUAGUUCAAAUUCAUUAAAUUCAGACAUAAUAUGGUGUCCAUUAAGAAGAAUAUUUAACGUUGUUAAUAUUAAACAAAUGGUAAAUGAACAAAGUAGAAGAUUAGCUAUUAAGGUCGAAUCUUUUUAUCGUCCACAUCAAAGAGAUUCUAAUCAUAAAAACACAACAAUCAAGAUGAUGUCCGAACCUGCUUUAACUAGUUCAUUUGAAUCAUUUCUCAUUGAACAUUAUAAACCUGGAAAAUGCUUGAUAGUUGACACAUGUAAUUACAAGGGACUGGCAUUUCGAGGUUUGUUUAAUGAUUUGCGCCCCGACAUGUUAUGGUUGAAUAGUUUAAAUGAAGAAAAUCUAAUUGAUACGUCAUUUUUACCAUUUAACAUUGUUUCUGUAUUAGAAUUAAAAACACGGGAAUUAAAGAACACCAAUUAUAAUCAGUUAGCAACUUAUUUAUCAUUAGUACUACGCCAUUCUCCUGGUCGUACUUUUAUUAUUGGGUGUUUGACGAAUUUCAAUCAAACAAGUAUUAUAAAAGUAUCGAUAAAUUCGGAUAAUAAGUUUACGUAUAUCGCAUCUAUGUGUGAACAAGAAAAUCUCGAAGGAUUAAAUUCAUUUGAAAUAUUAUCAUUACAUCUAACGUUAACAGCUGAGCAGUUAGGUGUUAAUAAUUGUUUUAAAUUUCCAUAUGAAUCGAUAAUUAUUCAGGAUUGGAUUGGCCGGGGUAGUUCAUCAUUUGCAUUCAAAUGUUGUAAUCGCGGUAGUGAUAGCUGUUAUGUAUUAAAAGUAUCACGUGACAAAUCACAAUACGAAUACGAGGUUAUUGAGCAAUUACAUAAAGAAAAAUUUAUUUCAAAUUUACAUGAUAUUAAUAUAAUAUCAACUGUCGCAUUACCAGUGAAUAAGAAUGAUUAUUUAAUUGGAUUAAACGAAAUCGGUGUGCGAAUGGACAAAGCUAAAUUUUUAGAAAGAAAAACUUUAUCUGAUAUUUGGAAGCAAGUGAAUUUAGGUAUGAACUCCGAAGCAUUAUAUAGCCAUUUUUAA